GAACGUAUGAGCGGUACCAAUCAGCUUUUCUAUCAGCAGCCGCCAACAAAUUCCUUGCAGCGAAGCCUUGUGAUGCUCCCAUCACAAUCAUCGCAUUCAACUGAACGACAGUCUCGACAGCAACAAUCUUCCUAUUUCAGUCAGUUGCAUCAACCACUACCAACAGAUACUGUUCACCGACAAUCUCAAAACCUUCCACUCAACUAUGUUGGAAUUGCACCUUGUUCGGGGAUUGACAAUAUGGAGUUAUGUCAAGAUGAUGCUGAUCAAACCAACCAUCCCAAUUCUCAGCAACAGUCGCUACUAUUAUAUCCACGACAAGCGGAGCAACCAAUGCAACAACAAACAUCACAACAAACGUGGCAAUCUUAUCAACAAUUAAGACAAUCUGACGGACAAGAUAUGCUUGAAGUUGAUCGGGUUAACCCGCCAGAGUAUAUUCAAACGCAG